UUCCUAGUUCCUGCAAAUCCACGCUGCGAUUUCUAGGGUUUCCAGACGAACUCUGCAGUCCGCAGCUCCCAGAGUUGACUGAAGAGCAAGCAAGCAAGCUAUGGGCCACUCCAACGUGUGGAACUCUCAUCCCAAGAGCUAUGGCCCUGGAUCUCGUGCCUGUCGUGUGUGUGGGAACCCCCAUGGGAUCAUUCGGAAGUACGGCCUCAUGUGCUGCAGACAGUGUUUCCGUAGUAAUGCCAAGGAAAUUGGCUUCAUCAAGUACCGCUAAAGGAGAUUUGGCUUUCCCACUAGUGUGGAAGAAUUUGCUGGAGAACAAUCAUGGCAAUCUUUUUUCUUUCUGAAUGAAUUUUAAGAUGCUGUCUUUUGUUAAUGAUAAAUUGUUGAACUUGAAUUUAUCAAAUGGAUUGAAAACUCUUUGUAGUGUCCAAGUUGGGUACUACCAGUUACCCGUUCUUCGGCAA